GAUGAAUUCCGAAAUUAACAAGGGUAUAUUCUCCCGCAUUAGAUCUGAACAAACUAGUGUGGAUGUUACAAAUUGAGAUUCCGACAUCCUCGACCUGCUAGUGCUUUCAUCAUUGCCUGUGUUUGGACAAUGUGAAUUAUUCAUAAAUUUCAUUACUGCCGAGAUGUCAUCAAAGUAACAUAUUUAACGAUGUUAGAGCUGUAUUGGCCUGCUGAUGUGGCCUUUGGUCACUUCGCUUUAGCUAGAGAUACAGGUUUGUUUGAGAACUGCCAAGUGAUCAACAGUGACCUUUUUAAUGUUUAUGUGUUUUUGUGCCAUUUAGCUGGUGUUUUUAUUGCAAGGAACUGUACAGUACACUCAUAGCAGGAAUUGUUCACCUGGAUCAGUGCAAAUAACACCAAUGCAAUUAACCAUACAGUCACGUAUACUUAGGAUUGCGAAAUAAAUAGGCUUAAAGGAAUAUUCCGGGUUCAAUACAAGUUAAAGGUGCACUAAGUAAGUUUUUGUUAAUUAAAAAAGUUUUACACAUAAACACAUGAAUAGGAUUAUUUAUAAAUAUGUUGAAAAAUAUUUACACUCACGUGAGAUGAAGAAUACAGUCUAAAACUAUAACUAUAAAAGCUGUUUAAUUUUACAUGGAGCGGGUCGCCCCCUCACAGGCGAUGUGGCCAUGUUGACAACACAUGACUCUGUGUCAUGCAAUGGUCAUCAGUGUUCCCAAUUAUGGAAUGGUAUUGAUAAACAUGAGUGUGAUCCACCAGACAGUUCAAACAGAAUGAAUAAAAGUGGAAAGAUAAAAUGUCCAAAUAAGAGGUUCCCGCUGGAGGGAUUUAACAGCUACGACCUCUCACAGCGCAGCUCAUGGGUAAAGGCCGUUUCACAAGGGACGUGGCAACCGGUGGAAUCGCCGCGCGGCUGCUGCUUUCUCUAGUAGAGGAAGCGUUUUGUGCAGUCAAGGCGGUGCUAGUGUCGUGAUUUCAGGGGCGGCAAGAACUCGCUAAGUCACCUACACCACACCAACAGCAGUGCAUGUGAAAGUGGCAGGAUUUUGGGUGUACGCGCACCACCUGCGCUCCGCUUGCGUGCCGCCUGCGCACCGCUAGCAAAACCGCCUGCCAUUUGCCACUUUCCAUGUGCCUCUCAUUGAAAAUGAACUUGACACUCGCACUUGCCGCACCCCAUGUGGAUCGGCCUUAAGCAGUGCGACAUAAAACACCAACUGCGAGCACAAAGCGGUGUCAGGUCACAGUCCAUUGCGCAAUAAUGCGCAGACAUGUGAUUUUUGAUUGGAUAGAAGAAUGUCCAUUAUAGGGAUGUGUGUAAUUUGAGAUGGAUAAAGACACCAAUUAAAAGUAACUAAGUAGAUCAUAUACAAAUACAUUUGAUAAGAAGCGACAGCACUCCAGGACGAUAGGUGUCAGUAUAGAGUGCAAAACUGCAAACUACUGGGACCAAUAGGAUGAGUAUAAGCCAGCUAAAUCCUUGCUAAAAUCUUACUUGGUGCACCUUUAAGCUCAGUCAACAGCAUUUGUGGCAUAAUUUUACCUAAAAAAAUUAUUUCAACUUGCCUCUUGUUUAUUUAAAAAACAAUCAAAAAAACGGUUUGUAUUUGAAGUGAAUGGGGACAGUCCAUUAACUCUACAAUAGUUACAAGUACAGCCACAGGAUGUAAACAUUAUACAUAUUAGCAAGAUUUUGGUGAUGUAAUAAUUUACUAACCUUUUCUGUGUACAGUUAUAUCCAAUCCUGGAAUUAUAGGGUUUCGUUGUAAUAUUGGAUCAUUGGAUUGGAUAUAUGUAACUUUACUCUGAUAAGGUUAGCAAUUGAUUUUAUCACACUUAAAUAAUGUUAACAAUGUUUGUCUUGUGGCUAUACUUUUGAAACUAUUGCUGUGUCCAAAUAUCCAUACUUCCAUACUAUAUACAGUAGUACCGGUAUGCCAAAAACAGUAUGCCAAUGGAGUAGUAUAUCCGAGUCCAUAGUAUUCAUUAAACAGUAAGCAAGAAAUACCGGAUGACCAACUAUUUCCGGUGCGAUCCUGAAGUGCAGAUCUUCUACUGUAGUUUUAUGUAUGUACAAAACUGCCAAUUUUCCUAUUCAGCCUUAAUAAUUUUGCAUAUUGUUGAGCUUAAGACGUGGUCAAGCACACCUUCAAAUGGCGAAAUUCCAUGGGCGAAAAAGGUGUGGGUGAAUGUUGAGCGCGUGUGAAAUAAGCAGAAAAUGACUGCCAAGCAGCCUAUAUUUAUGCUGCACUUUAUACUCUAGGAGAAUGAAGUUAAAAAGGAUCUCACUGCUAAAAUGAUAUCCUUGUCCAUUGUGAAUAAUCAGUGUAGUUGUGUACAAUGCAUCGCCCACAUAGAGGUUACUGCCAAACCAAACAACUUCCUACAACAAGAAGGUCGUGGGUUCAAACCCUGGUUGCCCCGGCCUUUCUGUGUGGAGUUUGCAUGUUCUCCCCGUGUCUGCGUGGGUUCUCUCCGGGUACUCCGGCUUCCUCCCACCAUCCAAAAGACAUGCAGGCUAGGUUAAUUGGUGUCUCCAAAAAAUUGCCCUAGGUGUGGAUGUGGAUGUGGAGGUGAGUGUGAGUGUAUGUCUGUCUAUGUGUGGCCCUGCGAUGGACUGGCGACCUGUCCAGGGUGUCCCCCGCCUUUCGCCCAAUGUUAGCUGGGAUAGGCUCCAGCCCCCCGCGACCCUGUACACAGGAUAAGCGGUUGACGAUGGAUGGAUGGAUGGAUGGAUGGAUGGAAUAUUUAUGCAUCUCAUAAGCUUCAAAGUGGAAAAAAAAUAUUAUAUGCAUGAAUAGUUGCAUGGCACCAGAAUUGUUAAAUGCUAAAAUACACCAGCAGUCAGACAGCACUCACAUUUUCUUUCAUAGCACUCGUUCAAAGAUGGAGCUGAUGUGAGGUAAGUGAGGACCCAAAAGCGAUAUAACAAAAAGCAGUCUUUAAUGAAAGUUCGUAAUUAGAUCACAACAGAACACGAAGUCUUCUCCUUGAGAUGCGAAAGGUAAACAUAAACAACCCGCAGCGUGGGCGAAGAAUGAAGGGAGCAGUCUUCAGAGCUCCUUAGCGGGCGUCCCUUAGGCGGCUGCCGGGGCUUGCAGUGUGGUGCCGACAGGCUGUGGAUUCCCCUGGGGUUGGCAGGGAUAGAGGGGAGAACAUGGGAACCAGACCUCUAGCAGCGAGGGGCGAACAGAGUAGAACACAAAUCCAGGUGGUUAACGGAGAGAGGGGUGCAGAGGAGCGGAAACAAAUACAGGACAGGACUGGACAGCGACAAUUCAGACUGUGGAUAGAAACAGCGUGUAGGCGUUCUCAAGUGAGACUCAGACAAUGAAGGCAGAGAAAGCAGGGAAAGAAGUAGAGCGCUAAUCAGCGGGGAAAACGGAAUCAGGUGGGAAGGAAAUUGACGAAGAAUUAAGGGGAGACGAGAGACAGCUGGGGAGUGAGGGAAAAGGAGAGAAGUAACAAAAGAGAGCCAAUAGAUGGCAUAAGAGUAGAAGGAAAGAACAAGAGCAAAACAUAUGAUGAUACGACAUGACAGGAGCAGUGCUUUCAUGAGGAAAUGACAGAAAAACAGCAUCUGGAGUUAUUCACACUAAGUAAUGACAAGCCUAGACAUGACAUGUAUUAUAUUGGGCUUGUUUGACAAUUUUUACUGGUUUAUUUAAAUUAAGUUGUGUUACAACAUUGAUAAUGAUCUUUAAUUCUCGUUAAUAAUUGAUACACUUAUGAAAACUACCCAUGGAUUUACUGUAGUAAUAUUGUAUUAACCAUGUAGUAACCACGACUGUAGUAACCAUGUUUUUCUUUUUCUUGAUUCAAAUAACCAUGGUUUUGCUACAGCAUUACUGUAGUAUCCAUAUGGUAACUUGGUUUCAGUAAUAGAAACCAUAUAAUAAUAUCUAUGGGUCAUUUUGUGGUUUUAUAUGUGGCUUAUUCUGAUUUUUAAAGGGUAAACAAAGCAGCCAAAUAAUUUUCUGUUAACAUGUACAUAGAAAAUACAUAAAUAUAUAAAACAUUUAAGUAAUAAUAAAGUUACUAAUUUCAACCAAAGAAUUCAUAAAAAUUCUAUUUAAUAGUAGGAUCGAUAUUGGCGAUAUCGUACUUGAUAUCAGAUUGAAAAGAAAAUAAGUGGUAUCACCCAUCCCUAGCAAUUUCUACUGUCAAAGUUCACCAAACUUGAACUCCACGCGAAGUCCAUUGCGUGAAAUUCACGACUGUGCGGAUUCCCUUUGGAAUGACCAUACUUUGCCUGCAGGAUUUUGCUGUGAAAAGGUAUGUGUGACUGCACCUUUAUGCAGCUAUGUAAUAUUAUUGGAUUUCAUGUAUAAGACAGUCUUGUUACUUUUCUAUGAUAAAAAAAAUGUUGGAACUGACUAAGGUCACUACUCAACAUCCACUGUAUCCACUUUGCUUCUAGGUCCUGAAGCAAAAUUAGUUGUGAAUCUAUGUAGCUUCAGUAUAAUACAAUUCCAAAGCAAUAUGUUUUUUUCCGCUAUUAAUAGCUAUUGCAGUUAUUAAUUAGAGGUAGACCGAUUUAUUGGUUUUACUGAUGCAUCGGUACCGAUAGUUGCUUUUUGGAUCUAUCAAUUAUGAUACGUCAAUGUAUAUCUAUAUAUAUGUCAAUAGUUGACUAUUUUAUUUUCCUCCUUUUUCUUAUUCCAUAUCAAUCAACAUGUGGUGAAGUAUAUACAUACAAAACUCUUCAUUUGGUGAGUCUAUAGAGUGUAAAAAGCUUAAUUUGGUAAAUACUCACAUAUAGAGAAUUGUAACCGGGCCAAAAAUCUAUAAUUUCAAAAUAAGAGCCCCCCAGUGUAUUUCGCCCUUGUUUAAAGUAAAGAUUCCCAAGUUAUGCACCAAAUCUUAAUUUCUUUGGUUAUUUUGGGGAUUUUGUUUGCACAAUAAACUGCUUUUGGAAUUGUAUUAAUUUUGCAUCCUCAAUGUCUGUGCCCCUCAUUGUAAGGAAAGAAUUAGCUAUUUUUUGUUAUUAUAUAGAUCGAUUUUAAAGCGCUAUCGGCUGACUAAUCAGUUAGCUACCUUUUCCACCACAUUAGUUAUCGGUAUCUGCAAAAUCCACAAUCGGUCGUCCUCUAUUAUUAAUGAUUAUAGAAGCAUUGCAUCAUCCUCAUCAUGAUCUUGUCUACAGGUGUGUGAUGUCAGUUGACAGCACCAGAUGUAGGUUGUCUGGGUUUUCCUUGUGUCACUGCGGGCAUGGCGGAGAAUUCUGCAAUGAGCAAUGGAGCUCCUAUGCGACGUGGGCCCUACAUCAGCAUGAUCACGAAUCAGAAAAUAAAUCUGAUGAUCCGUGCUGCCAUGCUCUUUAUGGUGGGCGUCUUCCUGGCACUGGUGCUAAACCUGCUACAAGUGCAGCGUAACGUCACUCUUUUCCCUCCUGAUGUCAUCAGCAGCAUUUUCUCAUCUGCCUGGUGGGUUCCACCCUGCUGCGGAACAGCUGCAGCAUUGAUAGGUUUGCUGUAUCCCUGUAUGGACAGUCGUCUGGGGGAGCCCCAUAAACUCAAGAGAGAGUGGUCUAAUGUGAUGCGCUGUGUGGCCGUCUUUGUGGGCAUAAAUCAUGCCAGUGCUAAGGUGGACUUUGCAAAUAACGUGCAGCUGUCACUGACUCUGGCUGCCUUAUCUGUUGGCCUGUGGUGGACGUUUGAUCGCUCACGUAGUGGUUUUGGGCUGGGAGUCAUCAUUGCAAUACUCGCCACACUGGCCACUCAGCUACUGGUUUACAAUGGAGUCUUUCAGUAUACCUCUCCUGACUUCCUGUACAUUCGGUCCUGGCUGCCAUGUAUCUUCUUUGCGGGUGUGAUAACUGUGGGGAAUAUCGGAAGGCAACUAGCUCUGUAUGAGUACAUAGUCAGUCAGGAAAAGACCCAUCUGGAUUAAUGGAGAAGCCACUGCCCACAUCAGGAAAUCCAGGAUGAAGAAGCAUGGGAUCAAUCGAGAGCACAAUGACUAUCAGAGUGAUCCAUUGCUAAGAGGGGCUGCUCGCUGUGUUUGAGGAUGGGACAGUAUUAUGAUAAAUGCCUGCGGAUAUGUUCUUUGACGCUCAGGUUUUCAGAGUGUGCAACAGCAGGGUAUGCAAUCGAUUACACACUCAUACCGUCUGCACCAGUGCUAAAACACUAUUGGCUAUAGUAAAGUGCCAAAAUGACUCUGACUGUUCAAACACAAGACAAUAUAUUAACAAAAUACUACCAUUGCCACCUCCAUCCUCUGCGAUGGAUGAAGGAGUGUCAUCUGGAUGCAGCACCACCAUCGGUUCUCAUUUAUCGAUGUUUCAUACAGAAAAAUUAGCAGGAAAGGGGAGUUUGAGGUAUAAUAGAGUAUUAUGGAAGGGCACCUGGUUCUUAGUGAGGGAUCAUUUACAUUUCACUACAUAAAGGGCAUCUCAAUUCUGCUGUGUCUGUAAUCCACCACCAGAGAGCAUCAUAGCACAGCUGACUCCCACCUCACACCAUAUUCUACAACAGACUAACCAACACGGAGUAACUUCUUUGCUGUUACUCGCCAGCCUGUGUUCAUUAGCUAAAGGAUUGAUGUUUAUUACUGCUUUAAAUAGUUUAUUACUGAUUGCAUUUCUUGUAAUAACCAGAUAAGUCCCUGCCAGACCUGAAUAAUACCUCAGUUCUGACUGAAUGAAGCAUUCCUUAGCUUUAGAGAUCACUUUAUACUAAGUCAUAUACAAAGAGUUGUUUUGACAUCAGAAUACAAUCUGUAUUAUUUUGAUUCUCAGUGACAUGCCGUUGAUUUUUACCAAAGCCUUAACAGAUCGAGCUUGGAAUUAAAAGAACAGAUAAACUGGCAGACCACCGUCUGUUCACUGGUUUUGGAUACAUUAAGGGAAAUUACUAUUAUGUAUUUUAUUUCAAGGAAAAUUGUAUGAAAAUAGUGAAUAGGCAGAACAUCUUUAUCAAGCGUUACAGUGGGUUUUCACAACUUAAAACAAUUGUAGUCUCGCUGGAACUGUUCUAAAGAUCAUUUGUGAUCGUCUGAAAGCAUGUUUUUUCCAUGCAUUGGUGAUUGCUUGACCCACAAUCUAUUUUUAAUCACACUAAAUGUUUUUGGGAGUUAAGUUGGAAGUUUUGGAAGAUGUUAGGCUACUUGUUAUUGUUAUUACAUCUGCAAUAUUAAAAAGAGACUUUCUUUGCAAUGUAUUGAUGAUCUGUUCUUGUGUGUUAAAUCUUAUAAUAUUUUGUGUAUGUAGUGUUUUUCUUUCAACUUUUAUGCCAAGUUUGACAGUUUUUAACCUAAUUGGGGAUCUGGACUCAUAACAGGGCAACAGUUGCAUAUUUAAAACGUUUACUCAGAGUUUUGUACACUUGCCACAUAGGCUUUAAUUGUUCGCUACCAACUGUGGAAUGAGUCAAAAAUGAUUUUCUGUGGCAAUCAACUCUGAUACUGUCAACAGACCCAAAAUAGUCCCUUAUUUUCAUAGAGAGGCAACCCACAAACCAGAGGGGUUCUAUUAAGUUUGGAGUCAUGCUCUUACACCAAGCUGGCGUAAAGCAGGCCCCUUUGUCAUCAAGGCAAAGUGUCCCAUGCAGUUGGUGUACAGUACGAAGCGUGUCUUUGCUAAAUUUCUUAUUAUACCAAAUACAAUAAAUAAAGGUUGAUGUAUUUAUUGUAUUUAUCAAUUCUUCUUCUUUAGAGAAUUGAUUUGAAUUGAUAUUAAGAUAAAUGUUUUAUUGCAUAAUGAUUCUCACUGCCUCAUGCACCCUAACAUCCAAGUGGUUAUAUAUAAAGUAGUCUUAUUAAAACUUUUUCCACACUCACUAGUAUAUUUAAUUUGUUUACUUACAAUGUCCAACAGUGUAUGUGCAUGCAUCACAACAUAUGUGUCUUUUAAAUUUUUUGAUAGUCAUGACAAUUCCCGGCACAUCUCAAAUUCUGUAUUGUGUUUAUUAGAAUUCUGUGGUGGAAAUUACGCUGAUGGAAAUGACAUUUAAAUAAAAAGCCCAACUUUCUAAGACUUAUUUCUAGCUAACAUUUUAUGGAUCCUCAAUACACACUAUUUAAUAAUGUUUUUACACUUUUUACAUAAUUUGGCAAAACUGCAUCCUGAUUGAAAAAAGAUGCCCAAUAAAAAAUGUGCUCACUGGUGAUAUUUGUUUAAAAUUUUCUUUGUUUCCUUCAAAUAUUUAAAGUUGGAUCAGAAUGGAAAAUGCUAAUAAAACAAAAAGGAGUUAUUUGUAAAUUGUAUUUGUAUAGAUGAUUGCAACAUGCUCUAAAAACGUUGGGCCAAUCGAGUGUUUCCCACUUUGUAAAAUCACCAUUUCUUCCAAUAUCACUUAAGCAUUUGGGCACUGAAGACACAAGUUUAAGUUUAGCAAGCUGAAGUUUCCCCCAUUCAUCCAUUAUGCUGGUCUUUAGCUGUAAAGUUGUACAAGUCUUUGUUGCCGUAUAGUGUGCUUCAUAAUGCAGCUCAGGACUGCAUUUCCCCAAAAUAAUUGCAAGCUUAAGUUGAUCGUAGAGACUAUUUUCACCAAUGAUUUCUAGAAUCUACUUAAGGCUUAAGAUGCUUUUGGGAAACACAGCCUAGGACUGCAGGCAGGUGAAUCUAGCACCCGGACUAGUGCACUUGUAUUCCAGGCAGUAUGUGGUUUGGCGUUGUCCUGCUGGAAAACCACUUCUGAAUGUACAUGAUCUCCUAUCACUCAAAUGUCACUCUCUUAUAAACCAUCAUGGAUAUCACGACAUGGGCUCGGGAUUACUAUAGUAAACCUUUGUUAGUCAACACCAUUCACCGCUGCAUCAACAGAUGCAAGUUAAAGGGGUCAUGACAUGGUUUUUUUUAUUGUAUUAUUAUGUUCCCUUAGGUGCAAUUAUAGUAUUAAUAUAUAUUUUUUUUAAGAAAAACUUUUAAAAUCUAGUGAUUUAUGACCUUUUCCCACCCUGUUUCUCAUCCUCUGAUUCAAACAGUCUGUUUUGGGGGCGUUUUCCAUUUAAGACUUCAGUGUUAACGCCCACUGUUAUGAUUGGCUAACGUCAGUGCCUAU